AUGAAAGGCAAGAAAUGUUCGAAUCAUUUUUGGAAUUUAAAGGACUUUAAUCAGCAAAAUGCCUUUCUAUAUGCAUUAGUGCAAAAAGCAUCUGUUAAUAGAAAACGACCUAAAGAUCUGUCACGAGCAGGAAAAAACGUUUCGUUUAAGUAUUUUCUCAAAUCUCAUAUUAUGACACAACUGCUCGUACAAGACCCGGAUACUAGUAUAACCACCAUAGACCACAAGUUUUUAGUGUCCGGGCAUUCUUAUUUGCCUAAUGAUGGGCAAUUUGGGAUAAUUGAGAGCGCAAGUCGCCGUCAUGGACAAAUUUAUAGCCCGGAUCAAUGGAUUGAGAUCAUAAAAACAGCCAAACGCAAAGAAUCACAUUUUGUUGUAACUGAAAUAAAAAAUUCCGAAUUUAUAAGCACUGCGGCAUUAGAAAAAUCUAUUACCAACAGAAAAAAAACAACCUGUGGUUACGACUUAAACUGGCUGAAUAUUAGAUGGCUGAGGUUUGAGAGGAAUCAUCCUUUACAAUUUCAAUUUAAAGAAACGCUCAACGCUGACAUGCCCUUCUACAAAGUAGAUCUAUCAAAAAAGCAACAAGGACGACCAGCUUACUUGUGCAAUAUUCAACAAGGCCCACUCUAUCCUUCAAGAAGACCAGUUACUAUUGCUAAGAAGAAGGAUAUGCUUGAUCUUCUCCCAUACAUUCCACCAAUUUACCAUCAAUUUUACAAAAACCUUACUGUAGACAUUCCAACACGGUCAAGCACACGUAAUGCUGAUGAACGUUCGUCUGAUGACGAAAUAACCUACGAUUAA